CAGAUCAAAAGGAAAGAGUAAGGGAGAGAAGCAGAGACAGAAGAACGAAUCCUGAGGGAGGGAGGGAGGGAGAGUGUGAGAGCACAACAGAGGAAUUAAAAAUUACCGAAAGAGAAGAGAGAUUGUAAACAAAAUUUACUCUUGAAUCGUACACCGCCCUGGCCCAGGGUUUGGUAGUUGGGCUUGAACCGUGUUUGGAGCUUUGACGAUGAAAUGAACAGACCGUAGUGGUGUAAGGUGUUACUGAUAACGCAAACCGUCUAAAUCUAAAGCCCUGAAUUCUGGAGGUGUUUCAUUCCGAUGCUUGGACUGUGCUCUGAGACCAGGAAAAAAGUCGGAAACCAUAUCGGUGUGUGAGGGGGUGAGCAGGAGAAAUCCCCGGUUACACGUUCAGAGAGAAAGCUGAGGCUGGUGUACAAGCACAAGAUGUGGCUUCAGCAGCGUUUGAAGGGACUGCCGAUGCUCCUGUCAAGUAACUGGGCCCGGAGGGUCCUGGCAGGCCUGGCCUUCCUAAUGAUAUUUUACUGGUAUCUGACUUCUGAAGGUGGCUUCAGGCUGUUCUCUGCCUCUGGGGAAUCCAGGACAGUGACUGGGAAUUGCCUUCAGGCAGAGACCCAAAGAUGGAGGCCAAUUGUCGACCACGGGAACGGUCUGAUUGGGUGGACUGAUGGGGGAGCCCAGGAGCAGGUGUCCGGCCCAGCUGUGGUUGGCAAUGGCCACUUGCUGGUGGACGCCAUCUCCAAUCAGCUGUGGGUGGCAUCGAUCUCUCCCACAGGCUCCAGCAAAGUCUACCUCACGGACUAUGUGCCACUCCAAGCUCUGAAGCCUCUCAAUCUUCGUUCCGCCUCGAGGGCUUUGCUGGUCCACUUCCAGGAGGGUUUGGUGCAGUCGGUGCAGUGUGUCCAGACUGGAGCAUCUCACUCCUCACGAGACUGUGUGACCCUUCGUGAGGACAUCAUUGUCCAUCGAAGUCGCCCACACGUCAUACUCCAGAGGAUUCACGUCUCCAAUCCCAGUGACCGAGGGACAAUCUUUGAACUUACAGACAUAGUGCCAGCUGCAGGAAGCAAAUUCUCCUCGAGUCUGGAGAAGCACGGUGAUCAGGAGUUUCUCCUUGUUUCGGGGAGAGUGCUGACUGAGAAAAAAAACAUUAUUCUGGUGGUGGUUGCCACAAAGAAAAUCGCAAGUAAACUACAGGUGACGAUGAAAUCUGAAUUUACUGAACACGCAUUAUCCGUUGUGUAUACGUCCGAACCGAUUGAUGGAACAAAAUUGGAAGAUACAUUCAGUAAACUCAGGGAAGCGGCAAAGACGGAAAUGGGAGAGGUUCUACGAAUGGGAGCAGAGGAGCUUUACCAGGAGCAUCAGCAGGCGUGGGGAGACUUAAUUAUUUCAGGAGUGGAGAUGAGAAAGAUCACAGAUUCCCACACGCCCUCCAGUGUGACGGUGAACAGGACACUUUUCUACGUCCUGGCCACCUCUCCAGCUCCUCUCCUGGAUAUGCGGGUCGGGGCUGAGGAACGGGAGAAGCUGGAAUCGAACCUGAACUAUGCCGAUCACUGUUUCAGCGGCCACGCCACCAUGCACGCCGAGAACCUGUGGCCCGACCACAUUGCCGAUGUGCCCCACCUGCUGCUGCUCUCUAACCUGUGGCGGCUCACACUGCAGAAGCGAGGCUGUAAGAGUUUGGUGACCGCUGGGGCCCAUGGCAUGGUCCAGGGGAUGGUCAUGAGCUUCGGGGGCCUUCAGUUCACCGAAAACCAUCUCCAAUUCCAGGCCGAUCCCUCUGUCCUGCACAACAGCUACUCCCUCCGAGGCAUCCAUUACAACAAGGAUCUCAUCAGCCUGGCCGUGCUGCUCGAUGAGGAGGAGAAGCCCUUCCUCCACGUCUCUGUGAAGCCACAGGACGACCCCGUUAAGCUCUACGGCUGUGAGGCAGGCUGCAUGAAUGACCCCGUCGAGCUGACUUCAGAGGUGAAAGGACACGUGUUUCCUGUGAUGGUUACCCGGCCCAUCACACCCUUACUGUACAUCUCAACUGACCUCACUCACCUGCAGGAUCUGAGACACACACUGCACCUGAAAGCUAUCCUAGCGCACGAGGAGCACAUGGCUGAGCAGUACCCAGGGCUUCCCUUCCUCUUCUGGUUCAGUGUGGCGUCGCUCAUCACGUUAUUCCAUCUCUUCCUCUUUAAACUUAUCUACAAUGAAUACUGCGGUCCUGGGGCCAAACCCAUAUUCAGGAGUAAGGAUAUCAUAAACGUUUGAUCAAAUGAUUGUUGUCCCUUUGUAUCGCCACCUGCCGCACCCGUCUUGAUGGACACAAGGGCACCUGUAAGUGUUUUUUUUUCCCCCCCACUCCCUGAAAUGGUUGUCCAUUAUUUUAGAAUUUAGCUGAUGCCAACUAAUAUUCUUUUAAGGAUAAAUGAAGACUUUAAUUUAUGUUGAAAAGAAUCACGAGUUGUAAAUUUUAAAGUGGAUGUGAAUAUAUUUAAAUUGUUUUGCAAAAAAAAAACUCUUGUAAUCGCUCUGAAUUGUGUUAAUCCACUGUUGUCAGUUU